AUGAUCCCAAUGCUGAUGAGCUCCUUGAUCCGUGAACUGAAGGACGACAUGAAUGAUGCCCAGGCAAACGGGCACAUUGAUACUGUCGCACUUGCGUCGAAGUACACCCAUGUCUUCGUGAACAUUCAUCCAUUUGUAGAUGGCAAUGGCCGAAUGUGCCGUUUAAUUUUGAAUUCAUUACUGUUCAAUCUCUGCAUUUUUAUUGUCAAUAUUGGCGAGAAUAAGGAGAAACGGUCGCAGUACUUGGAUGUUGUAGCCUACGGGCGAUGGUCUUGA